AUGAAUAAGUUCAGCGUGGAGUUUAACAACGCACAAGAUGCCAAGGAAGCACAGCAGCGUUGCGAUGGCAUGGUGGUGGAUGGGGCGAGAAUUAUUGUGGAGAUGUCCAAACCGACCAACCAGCCCUCGAACCCACCACGCUGCUUCACCUGCGGGAAGGAAGGCCAUCGCUCCACGGAUUGCCCGGACAGGCAGAGGCAGCACCACUCCCAGGUGGUGUGCUUCGGGUGCAAGCAGCCAGGGCAUCUGCACAAGCACUGCCCCAACCGCCCUGCCAUGCCGCCCCCCACGCCUGGCGUGGGGCCGUCUGGGUCUGGGGUGAUCCUUGAUUCCGCUGCCUCUGGGAUGCCUGAGGCGGCGGCAAGUGGAGGAGUCAAGUGCUUCGGGUGCAAUGCAUCUGGACACGUGCUCAAGGACUGCCCGCAGAUUUCUGGUGCAGGGGCCGGUGCGGAUCAGCACGAGAAGCAGCGCAGGUGGGACAAGCGCCACUCAUCUCCCACCUCCCGGCAGCACUCGCCAAGGCGUGACUUAAGAGACAGGCUUGGGCGGGGCGAGAGGGAUGAGAGGAGGGAUGGAGGCAGGGGACGGGACGAGAGGGACAGGGAUGAGAGGGACCGAGGGAGGAGCGAGAUAGAUAGGGAUAGGGAUAGGGAAAGGGAGAGGGAGCGGGAGCGGUGGGGAAGGGACGGAAAAAGAGGUUAUGAUCAUAGUGGUGGUGGUGACAAGAGGGGGCGUGAUUAUAACGAGCUUGGCAGCCCAGGGAGCAAAAGAGGCCGUGACAAUAACGAGCGGGACAAUUUCGGGCGUGACAGAAACGACCGGGACUUUAGGGAUCAGCAGCAGGGAGGAAACUAUCUCCCAAGCAGAAACGACCGUGAUUAUAAGGAGGGCAGCGGUGCAAAGCCGGAAGCCAGACUGGUCAUGACUGUUCCUGCCACUCCGCCUAAAUCCAUCCCCCCGUAUAACCCCCUGCCUCCUGCUCCCGCCCCCUCAAACAUGCCGUAUGGCGGGAGUUCAGAUGGUGUGGGAGGAGUGGUGGGCGGUGGAGGGAUGGGUGGAGGAACGGGAGGAGGAAUGGGAGGAGGAAUGGGGGGAGGGAUGGGGGGAAGGAUGGGGGGAGGGACGGAGGGAGGAAUGGAUGGAGGGAUGGGUGGAGGAGUGGGUGGAGAGAUGGGGGGAGGGACGGAUGGAUCAAUGGUGGGAGGAAUAGCAGGAGCAAUGGGAGGGGGAGGAGCAGGGGGUGUGGUGUAUGUGGCAAUCCCAGCGGCAGCAGCAGCAGCUGCAGCAGCAAGGGGCGAGCAGCUUAUUCUAGUGAGUGCGAGUGAUGGGCGGCUGGUGGGGCAGGAUGGAGUGAUGCUGCAGCAGGGGGCGGUACAGGGAAUGCAGCAAGGAGGGGUGCAGCAAGGGGGGAUGCAGCAGGGGGGGAUGCAGCAGGGAGGGGUGCAGGGGGGAGUGCAAGGGAUGCAGCAAGGGGGAAUGCAGGAGUUGCAGCAGGGAGUGGUGCAAAGGGGGGGGUUUCAGCAGGAGGGCCAGCAGGGAAUGCAGCAGGGAGGGGUGCAGGGGGGGAGACUGCAGGGGGGUUUGCAGGGGGUGGGGCAACAGGGAAUGCAGCAGGGGGGGCAGCAGGGGAUGCAGCAGGGGAUGCAGCAGCAAGGGGGGAUGUCACUGCAAGCAGAGUCAGGGGGCCAGCAAAUAUUUGUUGUGGGGCAGGAUGGGAUGUUGACUCAGCAACCUGUAAGACUUUCCGGGCAGCCUGUGGGGCAGCAGCAGCCACCGCAGCAGCAGCAACAGCAACAGCAACAGCAGCAGGCGGGACGUUCAGGUGAAACCUCAGGUGUUUUGCAGCAGUAUGAGCCUGUUCAGGUGUACAGUGGAAUAGGAGGGUCUUAUAGAACCCCUCCUGCUGGGGGAAGCAUGGAGGGCGUUCGUUCGCAAGGCUCCUAUGGCACUGCUGCAGGUACCCCCGGACCUGGGGGGUAUGGUGCGAGUGCACCCUACAGUGGUGGCGCUACCACUGGUGGUUCGUCCCUCUCUACUCCCCCUUGGCUUGCCGCUGCCCCGGUUUCUACUCCAAAUGCUCCUCCCCUCCCCCCCGGACCACCUCCCACUUACGACACAAGAAUCGACACAAGGGGUGCGUCUGGUAACCGUAACACGAAUACUAGUGAGCAAUUCAUUGGCAGCAGCAGCGGAUCCAUCGGGCCUGGUGGUUUGUCUUACGUUGUUGAACCCCCCCCUGCGAUGCAGCCGGGCCAGGGGUACUCUGCCAGAGGACCAGAACCGGCAGGGUCCGGCGGGUAUAAUAAUGGUGGCAUGGGGAGCAGUAACACCGGGAGCGGUGGUUUCGGAAAUAGUUACGGUGGUAAUGUGGGUGCACCUGGUGGUGGUGUGGGCGGUGGUUACUCCAAUAUGCCCUCUUAUAUGCCCACGCCUGCUCCUCCUCCUCCUGCUGAGGUUUAUUUUAGUGGGGGCAGUGCGUAUGGUGGACGGGCAGACGGAAUUAUUGGUCGGGCGGAGGGUUUUAUGGCUCGGGCAGAAGGAGGGGCAGGAGGAAAUGCGGGCUGGGCAGAAGGAAAUAGAGGAGACGGGAUUUUGGGCAAGCCGCAGGGAGUGAUGAUGAGUCCACCAAUGGGGAGGCCGCCACAGGAUCAGGAAUUUGCGAACCGAGGGAAGCGGGGUGGGGCGGGCAGGAACAGGGGCAACAGCGGCGGUGCAGGGGGUCGGGACAGGGAUCGUGGCAGUGGCGGUGGCGGUGGCGGUGGCGGUGGCAGUGGUGGUGGUAGUGGCACAGGGGGGCGUGAUCGUGGGAGUGGCAAGGGCAGUGGUGGUGGUGGCAGUGGUGGCGGUGGUGGCGGUGGUGGGGGUGGCACCACAGGGGAUCGUAAUCGUGGUAGCAGCAGUGGUGGCGGUGGUGGGAGAGAUGGCGGUGGUGCUAAGGAAACUCGCCACCGUUAG